AUGGAUUCGUUACCGGUGAACACUCUGCUCGAGUUCCAUAAAGAUACACUUCAAACCAUUCGUAAGGAUUGCAAUUUGGAUAAGCCAGGAAGUAUGAAUCACGCUAUCGACAUAUUACAUGAGUGGGUGAAAAAACAAAAUCAUUUUGAGAUUAAAGACUAUCCCAGAGAAUAUUUAGAAAGAAGAAUAAUUUUCAAUAAAGGUUCAGUGGAGCGCGCAAAGUCAAAAAUAGACAAAAAUUGCACUCUUAGGACGUUGAUGCCGCAGUUUUAUAAAUUUAUCGAUUUUAAGACUGAAUUAUUAUAUUCGGACUAUACAUGGGAUUGCUUAUUACCUAAGAUGACUGACGACUAUUACAGAAUUUACUCAUUAAAGAUUGUUGGAAAACGUUUUGAUCGCGAUAAUAUGAUGAAUUACUACCGAUGGACAGUUGCGAUGGCAGAAUAUAUGACAGCCUAUGAUUAUUGCAGAGGCAUAAUAAUAGUGUUAGACUUUUCGGAGGCCGAUCUAGUCGAAUUACUAAAAAUAAUGGACUUCGUUGAACUGCGCCAAGCUCUUACAUUAUUAAUUGAUGGUUACGCAAUGAGAAUAAAAGCUGUUCAUAUAAUUACUCCCUCAAAAACUGUGGAAGUCUUAGUUGGACUUUUCAAACAAAUUGUCAGUGCAAAAUUAGGUCAACGCAUUCAAAUACACAAGGAUUUGGAAUCACUACACAAGGUUAUCCAGAAAGAUGUAUUACCAGAAGAGCUAGGUGGGAAUGAGAGAUCUAUAGUUAAAUUGCACGACGAAUGGAAAGAUGUUUUAAGUUCAAAGGAAUUUCAAAAAUAUUACGACAAAAUGAGAGCAGCUUCCACAAAUGAGAAGUGCAGACAGACUGAGAAAUUAAACGAAGAGUAUAUGGGAAUAUCAGGCACAUUUAAAAGAUUAAACGUAGAUUAG